AUGAUCCAUGGAUACGACUACCGACUCGUGCGAGCCCCUAAUUACAACGAUCGUCACGGUACCUGGGUGAAAGUCCCUAUGAUAAAAGAAGCUCUCAAAUCCCACCAUGUUGUAGUUUUUCUCGACGCAGAUGCUGAGUUUGUUCACCCUCAUCUCCCACUUGAAUGGUUGAUGAGUUUUUGGAACAUAACGCCACGGACGCUUGUCGCCAUGGCUGAGGAUCCUGACGAGAACUACAACAAAGAUGACAAGGGCCGACUGCUUUGGAAUACCGGGUUCAUUAUUGCACAACAGAGCAAUCGUACACAAAAAAUGUUCGAUGCCUGGGAAAACUGCCCGACUGGCGAUCGCUACCCCGGGUGCGAUCGUUGGUUAAAAGAAUGGGCACAUGAGCAAGCGGCAUUCGGAUAUCACCUUCGUUAUGAUUACAACGGACCGGAAGAAUUACGCACCAUUCCCUGCGAUCAAGGGAAUGGAGCGCCAUACAUCGGGAACGACAAAUGCCGCGGUGUGUUUGUCCGUCACCACUGGUGGGAAAAGGACCGUACCAUUCAGAGUUUGUAUGACUCGAUUCUCAACCUAUUUGUUCGGAGACUCUAUGGCCAAUUUCAUGAAGAAAAGAGCCGCUACUUUCUGGAUGCCAGCAAAUAUCAGUAUCCGAUAGAUGAUCUAAUUAUAUAG